GGACCACCGAGUGCUGCAAACAUCACCACCAGGUCCGACCUCCGACGAGGAAGCUUGAAAUGUGAAUAAAUACACCCCGCUUGCCCCCUUCCCUAGAUCGUCCGUCCACUUCAUUCUUGAGCAAGCCCCUGACCAACUUCGAAACCCGGCUCCCGCUCCGAGAACCAAGGCCACAAUUUAUUAAUCAUGCAACUCAAGACAUAUCUCCCCUUCCUCCUGGGUGCGCUGUCCUGCAGGCCCGUUGUUGGCUGCGAUGACCCAGACCUUGAUGAACCCCCUUCGGCUCCAAAUAUCACCGAAGUGUCGUUCUCCGGGAACGGCUGCCCAAACGGAUCGGUAAUCGGCGACCUGAGGUCCGGCGGGGACAUCAUACUCAGCAACUUCUCCGCUGGAAUCACCAGCAAUCCCACCGACCGAACCAAGAAUUGCAUGGCCCAUAUUAACUUCGGCAGCAACCCGACGGGCUGGCAGUUGAGCGCCGAUAACGUCACGCUCCGGGGCUACGCCGUAGUGGAAAAGGGAGCUACGGCUGUAUUCUAUUUAACGACGUUCUGGUCACAGGAUGCUUCCAAAACGGAAACGACCCAGGAACAGCUCACAAACACGGACGACCUGCCCAAGACGGAAUUCGUCGAUGCUGUCUUGCCCGUUAACAAUAUAUGGUCGCCAUGCAACGCGAACGGCAUCCUGAACGUCAACGUCCGGGUCGCCCUCACGACCCAGACCAAGGCAGAUAACAGUACCCAGGCGUACGGCUAUUUCGGCAAGUACGAGAUUCCCGAGACCAACACCACCUAUCCGGUCACCGAGGCCAUCAACUUUAAGUGGAGGAAGUGCAACACCACGGCAGCGCUGUGGACGAAACAGAAGACCCUGCGGAGAGCGAGGAUCGGGUGAUUAAUCUGGUUUGACGGCCGGUCUGUGUAGGAAGAAGCAACGGAACGGGCGGCGGGAACUUCAUAUUGUAAUUAUAGCACGACGGACACGGCUCUUAAUAGCCCUCAGAAAUGACCUCGAGGGUCGUCUUUUCUCGUGAGCUACCGCUCGCGGAAUGCUAAGGAGAGGCAGACAGAACUGAACAUUUUCCUUGAAGUUGGCAACGGAAUCUCCGUCUAGUCAUGUAUAUCUAAUUAUAUCUACCUACCUUGAGGGAAACCAACGAUGGGUGCCAGAUCAAAUCGUAUCA